AUGAGGCAGGAGCGCUCCAGCCGGUGCAGAGCUCUCUCCCUCCCCGCGGGCGGGGUCAGAGUCGAGGGGCCGCGAAACCCCUCGGCCUACGGAACCGACGCCGGCGCGCCACGCCCCGCUUCAGCCCGGACCCUGGUGCGAUCGCCCGCAGCCAGGGGCGAGGGAACGCCCGCUGAGCGCGGAGGGAGCUCGGCCUCCGACCCUACGCUGUGA